AUGUCUGAAGAAAGCCUUAAGAAAAAACACCUAAGUGGUUCAGAAAAACGCAAAAAGCGUCUUGAACAACAAAACAAGCGAGAUGAAGUGUUAAAGAAGACAUACAACCUUUUCAAACUUGGAUUCAGCCGUCAAUCGCCAGAGAUCCAACCUUCUCCAAGUACGUCUACUGGCCAAUCUUCGGAUACAAACGUGGUAGAACUUCCUUCCGAGUGUUCUGAACAGACUCAACAGGAUAAAGAAACAUCUACUUCGAAGUGUGCAGACGGAGGCGAGGACGAGGUCCAAAUACUAAAUCAAAGCAUUGAACAACUUGGAGUAGAAUAUCAGAAUGACAUUGGAAUAUGGCAAAAUAUUAAUAACGAAAUACAAGAUUUUUGGUGUGCAAGAGAUCCAUACGAAUGCCAAAACUUUGAAUGCGAUUUUUCUGCUUCAAGUCGACAGUACGAUGAUACCAAAAGAUUUUUUUCUCAGUCAAUGUUUUUUCGAAAACAUGUAAGUGGUGGUAAAAUAAAACGAGAGUGGCUUAUGUAUUCUCCAUCUACUGGAAAAGUAUUCUGUUUUCCAUGUGUUCUUUUUGGUGAAGAGCAGAGUCGAUCGCAAUUCAAAACUGGAUUUUCUGAUUGGAAAAUGCGACAGACAGAAUGCAAGCCCAUGAGAAUAAUUCAAAACACCAAGAAUGUGUUCAUACCCUUAUUGGUAGACGCCGUAUUCAUGGACGAAUUGACACCUCUUUGGAAAUUUCCAUCAACAAAGAAAGAGAAUAUUGGACACAAAUUUUACAAAGACUAG